UUUGCAUGUAUCAGAUAUUAAUGAAUGUGCUCAUUCAAGUACCAAUAUGUGUGAACACGAAUGCAUAGACAAGCCAGGGAGUUACACUUGUACUUGUCCAGAAGGAUUCAGUGGUGAUGGCAGAAAGGAUGAUCGUGGUUGUAUUGCACCAAACUCGAACUAUGAGUUCCCAUGGAUCAAGUUUUCUAUUGGUAUGGGAGUCGGCUUUAUAUCCCUUGUGGUUGGGACAAUUUUGCUCUAUUUUUGUAUCAAGAAACGAAAACUCAUUAAAAAUAGGGAGAAGUUCUUCCAACAAAAUGGUGGUUUACUCUUGAAACAACAAAUCUCUUCUAUAAAGGGUGGUGUGGAAGCAAGCAAAAUAUUUACAGCUGACGAGUUGAAGAAGGCUACGAAUAACUAUGCCAGUGAUAGAAUUCUUGGUCGUGGUGGAAAUGGAAUUGUCUAUAAAGGUAUUCUACCUGGUAAUCGCAUAGUUGCAAUUAAAAAAUCUAAGUUUGUGGAUGAGAAUCAAGUUGAACAGUUCAUCAAUGAGGUACUUAUUCUUACUCAAGUUAACCAUAGAAAUGUAGUGAGACUCUUCGGGUGUUGUUUGGAAGAUGAAGUGCCUUUACUGGUUUAUGAAUACGUUUCUCAUGGAACUCUUUACGAGCAUAUCCACAACCAAAAUGGAGUCCCAUGGUUAUCUUUGCAAAAUCGAUUGAGAAUUGCUUCAGAGACAGCAAGUUCACUUGCUUACCUUCAUUCAUCUGCAUCCAUGCCAAUAAUUCAUAGAGACGUCAAAUCCACUAAUAUAUUAUUGGAUGAUGUUUAUACAGCAAAAGUGGCGGAUUUUGGAGCUUCAAGAUUAGUCCCUCUUGACCAAACACAUGUUGCUACAUUGGUUCAAGGAACAUUAGGGUACUUAGAUCCUGAAUAUUUCCACACAGGUGAAUUGACAAAUAAAAGUGACGUUUAUAGUUUUGGAGUAGUUCUUGCCGAACUUUUAACAGGGAUGACACCUAUUUUGAGGGAUACAAGUGACAAGUACAAAUGUUUGGUGGAGCACUUUAUCUCGUCGAUGAACAAGAAUAACAUAUUUGAAAUUCUUGAUGAUAGAGUUGUAAGAGAAGGAGGUGUUGAGCAACUUCAAAAGAUAGCUGAGCUCAUUAAGGGUUGCCUUCAGUUGCACGGGGAAGAUAGGCCUACGAUGAAGGAAGUGGCUAUGGAACUUGAGAGUUUAAGAAAGUUCACUAGCCCUUGGACUAAUGAACACGGACAUGAAGAUCAUAAUGAAGUUGAAUUAAACGAUCUGUAUAUAAUUCCAAUUGAUUCUAAUACAGGUAUCGACAACUUCUCUGGACAAUAUCCCAGUUCCUACACAAAUAACAGCCUCUUCUUGGGACAAUAUAGUUCAGAUAAAUCUUCAUUACUACUCAAUACAAAUAUCCCGCGGUGAUCCAAAAUAAAAUGUCAAUAUGAUAAUUAGUGAUGAUAUAAUUUUCUAUGUUUUGUAAGUUUCUUUUCUGGCUAUCUUUCUUUCAUAUUGAAUGUAUGUUGUUAUGUAUUUUAUUUGCUUUUGAAUUUAAUCAUCAAUAUAUUGUUCAUUGUAUUA